GUUUCCAACCAAGUUAAUACAGUAUAGCAACAAUAAUGGCCGCUAUGCGCAGAGUUUUCUGUUUUGUAAGCAGGUCUAUGAAGAAUAACUUCAUAACAAGCCUGCGAAUGGAUCACAUAGGGGAAAUGCCUAAAAGGAAAUUGAAGUCGCUAAAGCCCGGUGUAGCUGGGAUGUGUGUAGCUGCAGGAGGAGCUGUCGCUUAUUAUUAUUACUGUCAUGUGAAUAACUCCAAUCGGGGGAAAGGAUUGGUGUUCAAUAUCAUCAACAACAAAACGGACCUGCUCCCAUCACUACCCGCAGUAGCUGCUAAAGAACAGUCCAGAGGUCUGGAUUUUGAAGAUGGAGAUGUCUACAUUUCUUCUCAUGAGCAAAGAUUCCGCAUGUUUUCCUCUGUUGAAUAUGAGGGCCAACUCUACAUGACCCCGCAGAAUUUCAUUGAGUCUGUCACUAUGGAUGAGCCCAAAUACAGGAGACAGUGGAAGUCACUUUCAAAGCAGGAGUUGGAGCAGAUACUUUCAGCAACACCACCUGUUUGGAGAGGGACAUCAAAACUGUUUCGAAACUUGCGUGAUGGAGGUAUUAUUGCCUACACUGAAUAUCUCUUUCUGCUGUGCAUUUUAACAAAGCCUCAUGCAGGCUUUAAGAUAGCUUUCAAGAUGUUUGAUGCUGAUGGCAAUCAGAUGGUGGACAAAAAGGAGUUUUUAGUGCUGCAGGAGAUAUUCCGAAAGAAAAAUGAAAAAAAGGGAAGAAAAGGAGAUGCUGAAAAAUCUGCACAGCUGAAUUUGCAACUUUAUGGAUAUCAGUUUGCUCCUAUAAACAACGUUCUUAAAGAUACUGAGGAGUAUGCCCCUAGAAGCUACUGGGAUAUACUGAGACGCAGCACAAGCCAGGCACUCUUUUCAGACCUUGCAGAGCGUGCAGAAGAGAGUAUGAUGGUUGACACAACGCUCCUGAUGCACUUCUUUGGAAAGAAAGGGAAAGCUGAGCUCAACUAUGACGACUUUUACAGAUUUAUGGAUAAUCUACAGACAGAGGUUCUGGAGAUUGAGUUCCUAACCUACUCCAAAGGGAUGACUACCAUUAGUGAAGAAGACUUUGCUCGCAUUCUGUUACGUUACACAAAUGUGGAGAACAUAAGCAGCUAUCUAGAUAGCGUACGGCAGAGGAUUUCAGAAGAAAAGGGUCUCACAUUUGAUGAGUUUAGGUCAUUCUUCCAAUUCUUGAACAACUUGGAGGAUUUUGCAAUUGCAAUGCAAAUGUACAAUUUUGCAAACCGAUCAAUUGGGCAAGAUGAGUUCAAGCGUGCAGUUUAUGUAGCAACAGGAUUAAAACUAUCCCAGCAUUUGGUGAACACUGUCUUCAAAAUCUUCGAUGUCGACCGAGAUGAGCAGCUAAGUUACAAAGAGUUUAUCGGAAUCAUGAAGGACAGGCUGCACAGGGGGUCUCGGGGGUACAAAACUGUACAGAGGUACACUACCUUCAAAUCCUGCAUCAAAAAGGAACUCUUCAGCAGAUAAGUGGCUAGACAAUAUGGCGUAUCUGCGUUCUUCACUUGUGUGAAGGCUGAAGUCAGAAAACACUGUAAACGACUGUGGAGGAGAUAUAAAGAAAAUAUUUAGUAGUUCAUAAAAAAAGAGUUUGUAUGAUGCCUUAUAGCUCACUUCUAUGUUGAAAAUGUUUACUUAAUGUACUAUUAACUGUAUUGUACAAGCAAUAAACUUUAUUCUGACUGGCCUGUUAGAUGACAGUUAGAGAAAAACUUUACUGAGAGAGAGGACUGUGUGCAAACACAGAAAUACCUGCAUGCAAGCUUGAUGAACCUAAGAACGUGCACCAGGUAUGUUGCAUGACAAGUGUUCUAUUUAGGCAAUAGUGCCUGUCGCUGAAGGCUGAUAGAAACCUGCCAGAGCAGGAAGCUUAUUGGCUCACGAUACUGAUUGUUUUUCUAAGUAUAUUAAGUUAUUAUCACCCAAAACUAUUAUACCUUCAUUAUUAUUAUUAUUAUUAUUAUUAUUAUUAUUAUUAUUAUUAUUAUUAUUUAUUUGGCAGACACCUUUAUCCAAGGCAACUUACAAUGCUCAGUCUUUUUAGUAUCUAUUAAAUAUUGUUUUCGGAUUUAUAUAUUAAAUUAUAUCGCACAUUUUGUUAUGUUUUACUGCAAAGAAAUAGUUUUGAUGCUUCUAUAAUAUAGACAACUGAAGUAUAUUUGUUGUCAUAAUACUAUAGUGCAUUAAGUGCAUUUCUAAUAACACUUUACUAACCUGGUACUGCAGUUCUAAACACAGAAAUGAAUACUUAGCUGCAGUACUUCUACAGCACAUCUUCAGAUAUUCAGUACAAUUUACUUUAUCAUAUUUAUUUUAUUUAAACUAUGAAACUAGCAGAUCAUGAAAUUCUGCACUAAAAUCAUAAUUUUUAAAACAAUUUAACACACUGAAGCUGCUGUAAUUUGCACUCACUGAGCUGUAUUGAAUUAUUUAUUAAUUAUACUUGCUUUGCACCUUUAACCCUGUCAAACCUGCUGUGUUUUUUUUCCUUUGUGCUUUUCUGUAUGUAUUUAGUAAACAAAUGUAGUUGUGAUAAGCAAAAUAAACCAUACACGUGAUACCUUAACAAUCUUUUUAAAAUCUAUUUUGCUAACAUUUUCCUUCAAAAUGCAAAACAAUAUUUGGAAGUAUGCUUUAGGUAAUCUAAAUGAUUUUUUUUGUUGAAUGCAUGAAUAAAUUGAUUUAAAAAUGUACCAAA